GAUGAAAGACGCCGGAGAAAUGCGAGGAAGCACAGACAAGCUCAGUAAAUCUGAGAAAGACCAGUUUUUCAAAAAUAUUUCUAAUUUCUAAGAUGUGAGAAAAUCAGCCUGUAAGUCGGGGACGUCCGCUGCUGCUUUGCUUCAUAGAUUUAUGUUGGCUGUGCAUAGAUCCCUGUCAAAUCAGCAGCGCCCCGUCAAAAGUCACAUUCAGGUGUUCGGGUCGAGCCUGACUCAGCAGCUUGAGACAUUCUCUGUUCCCUGCUGCAUUUUCAACUCCCUGCAGGCAACAUGCACAAAAGGACUUGGAUUGCCAAGAUCUACAAGAAGAGGGUUUGCACCACCUUUGUGGAGGACUCUUUCAGUAAUGGAGCGCUGUGUCAGUGUGGAGGAGCGAGAGACACCCACUCCUCCGUGGCGCUUGGGGACUGCUUCAGCACGGCCAUUGUGAACCGCUGGGACAGCGCCCAGCACUCGUCUGAAUACCCGACCGACGCUUUUGGAGAGGUUCAAUUUGCAGGAGCCAGCAAGAGACACAGCCAAUUCUUACGCCUGUCGUGGGACACCCAGCCAUCUAUGGUGUACAACUUGAUGACGACCCAUUGGCAUCUUCCCGUACCAAACCUGGUGGUUUCCGUUGUGGGUGGAGAGGGCAGAAUGAAGGUCAAGACCUGGGUCCGAGAAGUCCUCCGGCAGGGACUGGUGAAAGCAGCACAAAGAGCAGGAGCGUGGAUCUUUACAACAGGACUGCGUGAAGGCGUCGGCAGGUGUGUUGGCGAGGCGGUGAGAGAUCACGCCACUGCAGCCUCCUCCGACUCCCUCAACAAGGUGGUGGCCGUGGGCGUCGCUCCGUGGGGAGUAGUGCACAACAAGGAGCAGCUGGUCAACCCCAAGGGCAGCUUUCCUGCAAAGUACUAUGUCCAGAACCCAGUUCGGGAUUCCUGCUGUCUGGACAACAACUACCAGUCCUUCCUGCUGGUGGACGAUGGGAGUGUGGGCCGCAGAGGAGGAGACACUGUCUUCAGAGCCAAGCUGGAGGACUACAUUUCCCAUCAGCGCACAGGAAUAUGGGGUAGUGGAACAAUUGACAUCCCUGUUCUUUGUAUGUUGAUAUCAGGAGACACAAGCAGCUUAAAGCGAAUGGAUCUGUCGCUGAAGUACUCCAUGCCCUGGCUGGUCCUGGCCGGUUCCGGAGGCCUAGCAGACUUUGUUGCCGACCUCCUGGAGAACGUGUCUGCUGCCCCAGGAUUCCAGUCCAGCAGUGAAGGUGACGGCGAAUCCGGUCCCAGUGUGGAUCUGAAAGAAAAAGUUGCAGAGCGAGUCAAGAAGCACUUCCCUGCAGAAUCGGCGUCUGACAAACUUGUUGAGCGUGCUCUGAGCAUCUACCAAUGCAGAGACUUGAUUUCAAUCCACUAUGGAGAGCAGGAGAGUCCCACAGACUUUGACACAGUCCUCCUCAAGGCAUUGGUUGGAGCCAGUAAGCAGCGGACGUCGGUUGAGGCCAGUCCGCACAACGAAGAGCUGAAACUCGCUGUUGCAUGGAACAGGGUUGACAUUGCCAAGAGCGAACUUUUCAAUGGAGACAUUCAUUGGAGGUAUGAGGAUCUGAAGGAAUCCAUGACGGACGUCUUGGUCAAUGAUAAGCCGCAGUUUGUGCAGCUUUUCACUGAGAACGGUCUAAACAUCGUCGAAUACCUGACCUACGGCAGACUGGAGAAGCUCUACCGCUCCGUUCCCGAUUCAACGCUGUUAUAUCAGCUGCUUCAGCGCCACUUAGUGGUCAGACUUGGAACUGCAACAACUUUGCCUGCAGCAACUAGUGAGCCAAAAGGCCCUUUCAAAAUGACAGAAGAGGACUUUCAGAGCGAGCCAACGACAGACAUCACUCUUUUCGAGAUUUCAGGAGUCCUGGAUUUGUUACUGGGUGAUACUUGCCAGCCGUUUUACUACGACGUUUUGGGAAUUUCAGAAAUCAGCUCUAAAAGGAAAGCUGUCAAGCGUGUCAGCAGGCUGCUGUGUGAAAAUCGCUCCUAUCAGAACCAGCGCUGCCUCUACCCCUGGGCUUCGCUCUUCAUUUGGGCCGUUCUGCAGAACCGCACUGAGAUGGCCACUUUCUUCUGGGAGAUGGCCGGAGAGUCGGUGCUGACGGCUCUCAGUGGCUGUAAGAUGCUCAGAGAGCUGUCCAAGCUGGAGUCUGAAACCGAAAUCAAACUGUCCAUGAAAGAUCUGGCCCAGACGUUCGAGAACCUGGCGCACGAUAUCUUCAGCUCUUGCUAUCGUAGCGAUGAAAGUCGCUCCUUCGACCUGCUGAUCAGGAAAUCUCCCGUUUGGGGAAGCACCACCUGCCUGCAGAUGGGCAUGGGCGCCGACGCGCGCCUCUUCUUCAGCCAUGACGGCGUGCAGUCGUUUUUGUCCCAGAUCUGGUGGGGCGACAUGCAGAGAGACACGGCCGUCUGGAAGCUGCUGCUGACCUUUUUCUGCCCUUUCCUCUGCUACACAAAAUUCAUUUCUUUCAGGGAAGAUGGAAACCAACAGGAGGAGGAAGGAAGGAGCAGCGAUGAAAACCUGAGUCCGGAUGCGGACAAUCACUACGGGACAACCAUCUUCUCUUUCUCCGACAUCAAACACAUUGAAGUUGACGGCCAGCUCUCCAGCCCCAGGAGUCCCAGCAUCAGAGGCGUUCCUGAACCCUACAGACCGCCGCGGCGCCCAUUUAUCGUGUCCCGCUGGCGCCAGUUCUGGUUUGCUCCUGUCACGGCAUUUUUGGGGAACGUCUUGAUGUACUUCCUGUUUCUCAUCCUGUAUGCAUUUGUGCUGCUGUUGGACUUCAAAGGCCCUUCAGGUCUGGCCGCUUCAGAGUAUGUGCUCUACUUCUGGGUUUUCACCAUGGUGUGUGAGGAGAUAAGAGAGACUUUCUUUUCAGGGGUGAUGACUUGGCGUCAAACACUCAGAGUUUACAUUCAGGAUGUGUGGAAUAAAUUUGACCUUCUUGCUAUAACUCUUUUCAUCUCGGGAUUAAUCUGCAGAAUGUUUGAAUGGUCUUAUGAGUAUGGAAGGGAACUCCUCUGUGUGGACUUCAUGGUCUUCACCCUUCGUCUCAUUCACAUUUUUGCCAUUCACAAACAGAUGGGACCAAAAAUUAUCAUUGUUGGCAAAAUGGUGAAAGACGUCUUCUUCUUCCUCUUCUUCCUGGGAAUUUGGAUCAUGGCGUACGGAGUGGCGAAUCAGGCUUUGCUUUACCGCCGCGAUCCCAAUUUUGAUCGCAUCUUUCGCAGAGUUUUCUACAGGCCGUACCUGCACAUCUACGGUCAGAUUCCUGUGGAGGAGGUUGACGUUAAAAUGGUUUGGGACGUAGAAUGCACGGAUAACCAGACGUUGGUUGAUGGAGGCGCUGAGCAGUGCAGAAAUUCCUCCGGUAACUGGUUGGUGGUCAUCCUGCUCAUGGUUUAUCUCCUGGUGACCAACAUCUUGCUCAUCAACCUGCUCAUCGCCAUGUUCAGCAACACUUUCACUGAGGUCCAGGCCAACAGCGAGUCCUACUGGAAGUUCCAGCGCUACAACCUGAUUGUCCAGUAUCACUCCAGGCCGUCACUGGCUCCUCCGUUAAUCAUCUUCUCCCACAUCAAUCUUUUCAUCAAGAGGAAGAUCCGUAAAGUUCCCUCUGUCAAGGUUCAGCAGUUUGUUCUUCAGUUAAGUCAGAAGGCUGCCAACAGACUGAUGACGUGGGAAACGAUCCAGAAAGAAGACUUCCUGACGGCCCAAAACAAAAUCCAGAAAAGCAGCGACUCAGAGAGGCUCAAACGGAUGUCUGUCAAGAUGGACAGUGUUGCUAAACACAUGACUGAAAACAGAGACCUUGACCAGAGACUCCGGGCUCUCGAGAACGAGAUGGAGAACUGCUCAAAUGCUCUGAGAUGGAUUGUUGACACGUUAGCACAAGGCGGCGCGUUUAAACCGCCCAGACCGCCGCCCACGUUCAGAGAUGGCGUUCCCAGUUCUUCCGGUUCAUCGUAGCUGGACCUUAAGGACACAUGUGAACCAGGAGGGAAUGGCCUAAAUGGAACAUGACACACUGGCAGCUUGUUGAGGCACAUACAUGUAGUUCCCACCCCUCAUUGUCACUGGAUUAAAAACAACAAUCCGUCUUAAAAACCUUCAGACGCACCUAAACGUGGAACAGUAUUCAUGAACUGAUAUUGAAAUGCUGAUUGUUUGUUUACUAUGUUUGCAUUGAAGUCAGUUUAACAUGAUCUAUGCUGUAGUUUUAACAUCUGAUCUAAAACUGCCCUGCAAAAACACAAUCCUAACUAAACUUAAAAUAAGACAAAACUGACUUAUAAGUAACUUUUCGGCUUGUUUUAUAUUUCUGUUGGCAGAUUAUUCCACUGAUAACAUGGGAACAUGUCUUAUUAGAGAAAAUAAUCUGCCAAUGGAACAAUAACUUUUUAAUUCCAUUUUAAGGAAUUAACUUAAAACAAGCUCAUAUAUCUUGAUGAAAAGUUUUUUGGGAGUUAGUUUCACCUCAUUUAAAGUGUAGUAAGAUAUUGGCGCUAGAAACUAGACCAAAGCAACUUGGUACGAUUUUGUGUUUUUGCAGUGUGUGUAUGUUUACUUGGGGAAAUGAGUGUUUCAUUUUAUUGUGUUUAUUUACAGUCAGCGGUUGCUCAAAAUUAGCUACAAAAACUUUUCUCUCAUUGAGCCUAGGAAUUUUAUACCUUCUGUCUAAUAAAUGCAUUAAAUUAUGUUGAUUUAA